AUGCCUCGGGAGCAGCCGGCUGGCUGCAUCCUUCUCCUCACAUUCCUCGGUCUGUCUGGGCUGGUUGGUGCAGUUACCAGAACGUACCACAUUGGGAUUCUGGAAGAAUACUGGAACUAUGUACCCCAAGGAAAGAACGUCAUUACGGACACAAGUUUUUCAGAAGACAAACUUGCAACCUUGUUUCUCGAAAGAGGGCCCAACAGGAUAGGCAAUAUUUACAAAAAGGCUGUUUACAGACACUUUACAGAUGGGACCUAUUCCAAGGAGAUCCCCAAGCCCUCCUGGCUUGGGUUCCUGGGCCCCAUCCUGAGGGCUGAAGUGGGCGAUGUGAUUGUUAUUCAUCUGAAGAACUUUGCUUCCCGACCUUACUCUUUGCAUCCACAUGGUGUUUUCUACAAUAAAGACUCAGAAGGAGCCUUAUACCCAGAUGGAACCUCUGGAAGGAACAAGGAUGAUGACAUGGUUCCUCCUGGCAAAAACUACACCUAUGUCUGGCCGGUGAGAGAAGAAUAUGCACCUACUUCUGCAGAUGCCAACUGCCUGACCUGGGUGUACCAUUCACACAUUGAUGCCCCUAAGGACAUUUGCUCUGGGCUGAUUGGCCCCCUACUGGUGUGUAAGGAAGGUAUCCUGAACAGGUACUCAGGGACGAGAACUGAUGUGGAUCGAGAGUUUGUUAUAAUGUUUACUCUGGUGGAUGAGAACCAAAGCUGGUACCUUGAUGAAAAUAUCCAGCGUUUCUGCACUGAACCGAGUUCAGUGGACAAAGGCGAUGCUGUUUUCCAGAGGAGCAACAAAAUGCAUGCUCUCAAUGGAUACCUCUUUGGAAACUUCCCUGAGCCAGAAAUGUGUGUUGGUGAAUCAGUGUCCUGGCACCUAUUUGGAAUGGGGAAUGAAAUUGACAUUCAUUCUAUCUACUUUUACGGAAACACCUUCAUCAGCAGAGGGCAUCGGACUGAUACUGUCAACCUGUUCCCAGCCACCUUCCUUACAACAGAAAUGAUAGUCAAGAACCCUGGGAAAUGGAUGAUAACCUGCCAAGUCAGUGAUCACCUACAAGCUGGUAUGCUGGGACAAUACAACGUUGGUAACUGCAAAAGUGAUGUUUCUCACCCCAAGAUGAAGGGUCAACAGAGGCUCUACUUUAUAGCAGCUGAAAAAAUUCUUUGGGAUUAUGGCCCUCUAGGCUAUGACAAAUUCAGCGGUCUCCAGCUAAAUGCCUCUGGCAGUAAUUCUGCACUCUACUUCACACAAGGGGAAAACAGAAUAGGAGGAAAAUAUUGGAAGGUGCAAUAUACAGAAUAUGCUGAUGCAACUUUUACUCAGAGAAAGAGGCCCUCUGGGACGGAUGACCAUCUUGGAAUUCUUGGCCCAGUCAUCAAAGCAGAGGUGGGUGAUACCUUGCUUGUGACCUUUGCUAACAAAGCUGACAAGGUCUACAGCAUUUUGCCCCAUGGAUUGCUCUACGAUAAAGCAUCUGAUGCAGCCCCAAAUGUAGAUGGAUUUCUGAAACCAGGGGCACAUGUUAAGCCAGGUGAAACCUUCACAUACAGGUGGACUGUGCCUGAAAGCGUAAGCCCAACAGUUGAUGAUCCCCCCUGCCUGACCUAUCUAUACUUCUCAGCAGUUGAACCAAUCAAGGACACCAGCUCUGGCCUUGUAGGGCCUUUGCUAGUCUGUAAAAAGGGGGUUCUCAAUGCUGAUGGGACACAGAAAGGAAUAGACAAGGAAUUUUAUCUACUGUUCACAGUGUUUGAUGAGAAUCUGAGCAGGUAUCUUGAUGAAAACAUUCAGAAGUUUACUUGGCGUCCCUUCAGUGUUGACAAAGAAGACAAAGAGUUUGUGAAAUCCAACCGAAUGCAUGCUGUUAAUGGCUAUAUGUAUGGCAACCAGCCAGGCCUAAGCAUGUGCAAAAAGGACAGAGUUUCCUGGCAUUUGAUUGGAAUGGGCACUGAUACCGACAUGCAUGGAGUUUACUUUCAAGGGAACACUAUCCACCUACGAGGGACUCACCGUGAUUCCCUCACUCUGUUUCCCCACGUGGCCACAACGGUAUUCAUGCAGCCAGACCAUGCAGGUAUUUUCAAGGUGUUUUGUUCCACCUUGCAUCACUUCAACAGAGGCAUGGGUCAGAUAUAUGAGAUCAACAGCUGUGGCAACAGGGAGCCUUCUGAGCAACCGUACGGGAUGAUAAGAACCUUUUACAUCGCUGCUGAAGAGGUAGAAUGGGAUUAUGCCCCUAACAAAAACUGGGAGUUCGAAAAGCAGCACUUGGACGCAGGAGGGGAAAGACAUGGAGAUAUAUUUAUGAACCACACUGAAAAUUGGAUUGGCUCUCAGUACAAGAAAGUGGUUUACAGGGAAUAUACCAAUGGAGAAUUUGUGGAGAUCAAAGCUCGACCACCGCGAGAGGAGCAUUUAGAACUCCUGGGUCCAAUGAUUCAUGCUGAGGUGGGUGACUCCAUCCUGAUCAUAUUUAAGAAUAAAGCCAGCCGGCCCUACUCCAUCUCAGCCCAGGGAAUAGAGGACAUGGACAGUGGGAAGCGACUUGAAGUGCCCAUCACAAAGCCAGGAGAAGUAAAAACUUACAGAUGGACUGUCCCAAAAAGAUCAGGUCCAGGGCCCUCUGAUCCCAAUUGUAUCCCGUGGGUUUACUAUUCAACAGUAAACUUUGUGAAGGAUACAUAUAGUGGUCUGAUGGGCCCUUUGAUCACAUGCCGAGAAGGAGUAUUGAAUGAAAAGGGAAGAAGAAGUGAUGUUGAUUAUGAGUUUGCUCUGUUGUUUUUGGUAUUUAAUGAGAAUGAAUCCUGGUAUCUGGAUGACAAUAUCAAGAAGUAUCUCAAUAAAGAUCCACGGGAUGUUAAGCGCACUGAUGAUUUUGAAGAGAGCAACAAAAUGCAUGCCAUUAAUGGAAAGAUUUUUGGAAAUCUCCAUGGCCUCAUAAUGAAUGAAGAUACAAUGACAAACUGGUAUUUGUUAGGAAUAGGAAGUGAAGUGGACAUACAUACCAUCCAUUAUCAUGCAGAGAGCUAUAUUUUCAAAAUAGAUAGAUCUUACCGAGAAGAUGUUUAUGAUCUCUUUCCUGGGACAUUCCAAACCAUUGAACUCUUUGCAGAUCACCCAGGGACAUGGCUGCUACACUGUCAUGUGUCUGAUCACAUCCAUGCUGGCAUGGAGACAACCUACACCGUCCUCCGGAACAUAGACAACAGGAUUCCAUACUCCACCAAGUCUCCUUCUGGAGGGGCAUCCCACCCGGCCACAGUGCCCUCCAACGAACUACCUGGUAGGGAGGACCUCUAUUUCUUUGGCAAGAAUCUGGGUCCCAGAGGAGCCAAGGCUACUUUGGUCAUCCUUUUCAUCAUGGGACUUCUCUUCCUGGUUACCACCGUGAUUCUCUCCCUCAAACUGUGCUCCGCAAGGAGACAGAUGUCUUAUCAGGAAGUUCAGUCCUGUGCACUCCCCACGGAUGCUCUGUGAAUCAUUUGGUCUUCCUCAGCAGGAAUAGAUGAGGUUCCACAGCUGGCUGGGUGGCAGUCAACAGUGAAACUGGACCAAGGCAUUGUUCACCAAGGAAGGUUGACACUGUGUCCUGUGUCAGGCUUCUGAUCCUCUGGAACAUUAUCCAAAGCAAUUUGCUUUUAUUUAUUUAUUUCUAAAUGGGCUGUGAAUAAUCCUCAGGUAUAAAAUGCCAAAAAAGGAGAAUGUGCAGGACUAAGGAAUGCCAACACCUAGUCUGUUCUCUGAACAAAUUUGCUGAAGUGGGAGACUCUCUGAAAGAUAUUUUCAUAUUCCAUUUUUCAUAAUUUUUAGAUUAAGCAGUGCUUCCCUAGUUAAUUGCUAGAGUUUCUAGAUGAAUAACUUCUAGAAAGAGCCAUAGUGCCUUAAACAUUUUUCUAACUGGAAUAGCACUGAUUUUUCAACACCGUUACAUAAGAUGCUUCCCUUAGUUGUCCCAGGAAAAAUAAGUUUCUAAGGAGUUCAUGGAAAUGUCUAAGUCAGUAUCUGCUGAAUUGAAUUGGAUUACAUGAUAUUUUGGAGGCUUUAACCAGAUCUCCUGGUGUUUCCCCCUUUAAUAUAAAUAACCUGUGCACUGUUUGCUAGACAAGGCAAAGUUAUAAGGGUUUUUUUUAAAAUUGCUGCUGUUUUUAUGCAAACCUGUAGAAAUACUUGAAUGUUUACAAUUCACUUCAUUUUAUAUGUUUUUACAAUAUGUUUCCCUGGCAGUGUCUACAUUUUCAAAAAUCAACUAGAGAAUUUCUAUUUCUGUUCCAGAUUGCAGGAGGGCUGGAAUCUGUGAAGGAACAGGCUAGGUUUUCCCACUGUGAGUCAGAGUUUAGUGUGAGCUUGCAGGAAGAGGGAGAACUUCAAGUCUGGGCUUGAAUCUUCAAUCUCAUCUUCUCAUUCAGUUAGGGGAACUCUUCCCGGGUCUCCAUCGUCUGUGAAAUAAGAACAACCUCAGCAUUUGAGGAGCACCACGAGGAAUUCGUCAAUGCAGCUUAGUGGUUGGGAGAAGGGAUCUCUUGAAAUCCUAGAGAGAUUGCCUCUUCAACACAUACCCCUUGAGAGGAGGAGAAAAAAGGGAAAGAAAAGGUGAGAAAAAGAGAGUCUUGGUGGCAGUUUUUUAAACCAAAAUUAGCUUUGAAGAUAGUAUUCAGUUUCCAAGGCUCACAUGUAAAAAUAAAAUAUGGAGCAACUAAACUCAACCCAUUAUGAGGUAAUCCACCCUCUCUGAAGGCAUGCCUAGACAUUAGGUAUAAGAUUGAUAAAAGCAACUUGUUUAUUGCUAGGCUGUGAAAUUGCCUUUAGCUCAGGGCAAGCUGCCCUGGGAUACCAAUGCCAAAUGAGUGAUACUAGAACAUCUGCCUUAGCAGUGGAUCCUUUGAAUAUCCAGGUGAACCAGUAGAACCUAAUAAAUACUCUGGUGAAGGGACCUUUCAUACUUUCUCAACUUCAUCUUGGUGAGGGGAAUUGGGUAAUUUGAUAGAAACUAUAGUCUUACAUAAGACAGGAUGCAAAUGCUAAAAAUUGUUUGUAGUUUACUUGAAUGUCACAUCAAACACAGUACCCAAAAGAUUUUGAAUUCCAUUCUGCAAACCAUUGACAAUGUGAUUUUGUAGUACAUGCUGUACGGUUUUCAUAUGUGUGUAGGCUCUAUAAUUACUAUAAUAAUAAUUAUGGUAAAUGCCUUAUUUAUUGCUCACCUUUAG